ACGUUUGCUGACCAAAAACAUGCUACUUGCCAAAAUGCCACGGGAUUCACGUUACUCGUUACCAUCCUGCAAACUUCUCAGUAAAAUUUUUUUAGCAUAUAAGAAGCCAUUUCCCCUUUCACUGUGUAGAAAUUCACCACAAACAAAGGAAGGGGAGAUGUAUGUAAGUAGUCAUUGGUCCAUGUGUCGUAUAAUUUCACCAGUUCUGUUCACAUCAGGAUAUGACCCUGUCCUUAAAGUCCAUUCCACUUUGGAGGCUGAGCUGUGCGCUUAAAUAAAAUUAAAGACUCGUAGAAACAAAAACUGUUGAGCAUGUUGCACAAGGUAUACUUUCAGUUUCCUUACAGGUUAGUGUCUUGAAAAUGCAGUUGCCAUUCAUGCAAGGAUGCAAAUUUCGCAUUCUAUCACAAAACUCACUCGGCUCCACAAGCAAAAAUACGCCAUGCCGUUAGGCCUAAACAAUGCCAACUGUUUUCAUCUUUCUGUUAACCUCGAUCACAAACACCGAAUCACCGAAUUGAAUGGUAAAACAUUGCGUUGUGUGCAACCAUAAAGCAUGCGUUAUACUUAGUUUGCUUAUAAUCAUGAAGUUAUUUUUUAUGUUCUAUUCAAAUAAAAAUUAAUGUGUGUUUUUGGACAUUCCAAUUGGGUCAUUUCAGACCUCGAGGAAAAAGACUAUAAUGUAUUUCAUAAAGUGAUCUACAAGCAGAAGUUGCUCGGUUUUCCUGGAUCGAUGCUGCCAAGCAGGCGAUACCAGUACUAGUUGCGAAAUUCAUGAAUAUAAUAAUGUCCAUUGGGGGGGGGGAUUUGUUUGUUUUUAGUUUAGUGGUUGGUUUGUCUCUGGAGGGAAAAGUUAAAAACCGACUAUUUUACUGAGAUUCAUAGGCCACACACUUAGUUAAGUCUUCGGGCAGACAUAAAGUUGACACGGGGUAUUUUCAUUUAAGAUGCGGGAACUAUAGGGAAAGGCGGCAGUGACCUAUUAAACAGAGGUUCUGAACUAAAAUUGGAGAACAAAUACACUUGGCAAGAUUUAUCUUUUGUACUUGUGGAUUGUUAUGCUAUUGCACACGCGAAUCGAAAGGGAAUUCGUAGGCGUGUUAACCUGUUGAAUGCGAGACUCACAAAAUAGCACGGACUUCAACACCACUACAGCUCUGGUGACUUGUUCUAAUGUGCAGCCAAACCAAUAUGUCGAUGUCGCCACAACUAUGUCUGUGGUGCCGAACUCUGAUACCUAAACACACCAUCACGACGAUGAGGUGGAGGCAGAUUUAUAUCGGACCCAAGUCCAAAAACACUUUGAAAGGAAACAACUACACACAUCUCAGUGCAUCAGGGUUUAUCACGCAUAAACAAAUAAAGCCUUAACCACUUCAUCCCUAGGAAUAUAAUAUUCAAAGGUCUUGUCCUAUCGUGCGGUCGUUGUCCAUAUAUUUUGCUCUUUUUAAUGAUAAGGCCUGGCCUGGAGUGUAAUUUGUAUCCUGCUUCUGAAAUCAGCAUCAUCCCGAUAUAAAAGCACACAGCAGGUUUCCUGGGGCAUCCAUUGACACUUCCUGUGCUUCUAGACCGGCUGGUCUGUGUGUAGCAUUAUGAUGAUGAUGCAUGAUGUAUAUUCAUCCAGGCAGGGCGAGCUUACUUGUGUGCGAGGCUGGCCGACCUUGCAUUGAAAAUCUCCUCCAGCAACGAGUUAUAGCUUUACUGUGGUCCGGUUAUCUGGAGUACACAGUACAAGUUGUCGUCAUGUGAUGUUGCGGUGGUUAAGGGGAGGAUACCCGAAAGCCGCGCAUGCGUUCUCCACUCGUUUCCGCCUUGAUGCGUUGGCAGGGCUGGCAGGUUGAACUUCUGUGCAUGAUAAAUCAGCCACUCUGCAUGAUGCAUUGCUGCAGGGGCCCGGGAUAAACUGAGGCCUACACAAGAUCCUGUCUGCAAAAGUCGUCCCGGGGAGUUCAAAAGGCUGAGAGACUCCCACCAGCGUAUCCUCUGUGGUGAAUGAAUACAUUAUUCAUGAGGUUGCACAGCAGAGCGUGACUGAGCCAUCCACUUAUAUACACACACGGUAAGCCAGACAGGUCGCCCGGCCCGCAUCUCAUCCAGCCAGGCACUGGGCUGCAUCAUCAUGUCUCGCCGUAAACAGGCCCUGCCAGCCCGGAGAACAGAUCUGACUGAAGAGGCUGCCGGGGAACAGGAAGACAAGGCCUCGACUGAUGAGCAAAUUGGUGACAUCCAGGAAGCUGGAAUGGACCGCAAAGACACAGCAGUCAGCGUUAGAGAAACACGCUCCAGCACCAGCAAUCAUGGCGGCAUUGCUAGUAACCACAAUGUAAUGAACAGGGGCCCUAAAACAAAGGGGAUCAGGCCCCAUGGAUCGCCAAUUAAAGGGGAGAGGCCUGGUCUUCGACGCACCCAGCGUAAGAAUGCUGCCCAGAGAUACAAACUGGGUAAGAUAGCUGCUGCUGAGGAGAGCAAAAUGAUUGGAGCCGAGCUCCGCAGUGAACGGCGAAGGUCAACAGAUGGGGCUGCCAAGAAUAAGAUGACUGUGACAAAGAGAACCAAGGGGUCAGGGCGAGCCUCGAUUGACAGUCAAAUAUCUGAUGGAGCAGAUGAGGAGGAUGCAAUUUUCAUGGACACAGAGCCCGAGAAGGUGACUCCAAGUCUGACAAACGGGAGCUUUGAACCUGAGGUAGAUGACCCUUUGAUGCCGGUGAGCACCCCUGCACAAGGUCAAGUCAAAGAUGACCCUGCUCCCAAUCACCAGGCACCCAGGAGGCCCUCGUCUAUGGCUGACUCAGACAUGCAGCCCCUGAAUCUGGUUACAGGGACUGCCACCUCCAAUUGUCCGGAACUGACAGAGACAGGUUGUGCAAAACCUGUAUCAUCAGAGGAUGACAGCAACUCGAGCAGUGACCAAGCAGCGGCCUUCAGUAAUGGCAGGGACAGAGACUUGCCUCAUCGGCGUCAUGGCACAGACCCAGCCCGUCAUCAUGGUAGAAGGGAGGUGGUUACUAGCAGCAGCAGCAACAUUGACUGGGGAUGUGCCCCCCUUGCCCCAUCAGAGGAAGUUGGGGGUGAGUCAGGUCUGAAGAGUGACAGCCCUUUUGGAGAGAGAAGCUCAACUACAGCAGGGGAGACUGUAACCAUGAUGAUGGCUGAAGGCAGCGAUGCAGGGAAGGAAUUCAGCAAACAGCCAGAUGGAUCAAACUCCGAUGACGCAUCAACAAGUCCUCCCUGGAAAAAGAAUGUCUUCAAACGGCGGCGUCCAAUGGAAGAAGGUAACACCUCUCUGACCUGUCCUGUCUGCUCAGAGGAAUUUGAAGACAAGCACCAACUCACUGUACACUUCCGUGAGCAUAACAGUGUCACCAGCGAUGGAACCAUGCACUCCUGCAAGCUGUGUGGCAAGAAGCUGAGUUCUACCAGUUCCUUGGAUCGUCACAUGCUGAUCCACUCUGGCGAACGACCCCAUAAGUGCCCUAUUUGCCCAAUGUCCUUCACAACAAAUGGCAACAUGCGUCGCCACAUUCGUACCCAUGAAAAGGGUGCCAGCAACAGUGCAGUGAAUACCGCAGAUGGUGAGUAUAUCACUGAGACACUAUACAGUAGGCCACGGAAACGUAUCCCAUCCAAGCGCCUUCUCAACUCUGAGGAGUCUGAUGGCGAUUUCUACCCAUCUAAGCGAAUGGCCCUUGAGAGUAAGGAGAGUCCAACAAAAAUCCGGAUGAAAGAGGAGGAGUUGACCUGCCCAAUCUGUAGUAAGACGUUCCUAUGCCACUAUGGUCUUCAGACUCAUAUGGAACUCCACCCAAAUAUAGUCAUCAAAUGCGAGCAGUGUGAGGCCACCUUCAAGAAUCACAGGGGUUUACGCAUGCAUGUGCUGAUGUCUCACAAAAAGUCCAGUCCUAGCAAGGCUGCUACUCCUGCUGAUGUGCCUCUUGGGUUUCAAGAUCUUGGCUACAUUGCCGAUAUCUCCUGUGAUAAGUUUCCCCUUAUCGCUCAGGAGUGGUGUGAGCAAAAUGUCCGACGCUGUAGCAGCCUAGUGCACCGUUUCAUCUGUGCAGUCUGCAACAAAGCUUUCCCUUGUGCUAGUGCUUUAGAUCUUCACAAAAAGAAAAAUCACUCUAUAAAGGCUGAUUCCAGGGAAAAUGCCAUCAUUCAAAAUAGCAUGAGCCCAAGCAAUGAGGACAGCCCAUUUACAGAUGAUGAUGACUCAACCAAGGAAAACAAAGAUUACUACAGCCAACUGCGAGAAAAAUUCCCCACCCAGGAGCAGUUUAUGGCCACAUUGUUCCUGAAACCAAACCCCUCUCCUAAGCCAGCUCUCUUUCCAAACGAUUGCGAAUCUCUGGCACAGCUGAAAGCAUCUUCCAAGGACAAAGUCCAGCCAUCUUCCCAGGUGUCUGACGAUCAGAACCAUACUGAUAGGGACUUUGCUGAUGUUGGAAAAAUUCUCACAUUGACUACCUCAGCAUCCAGUAACCCACUGUUGAUGCUGAAGCAUCUGAGCAGAGGGGCCAAGCAAUCUCCAGUAAAAGCCUCCACACUGUCUUCCGCUUUUACCACACCAGCUUCCAAAUCUAAGACCAAGGCUGGCAUCUUUACAGCCAGUAGACCUCCACCUGCUCACUCACACUUUCCUGGGCAGAAUAAAUCCCUCAUCCGACAGGCUGAUCAUGAACCACGAUCAGCUGAUACCGCCACAGAGAUGCACUUCCCAACAGAGGUAGCAAGGGAUGAAUGUAAGAUGGAGCAGGCAACUACCACAAGUGAGGAAUCAACAUCUGAAAACACAAUAGAGUCUGAGCCAACCGAGCUGGAGAAAACCAAAGAAGCCUCUGAAGAUGGUAAGAGCAACAAGAAGGUUGGCAAAUACGUGUGUAAGUACUGUCAGGAAAGCUUCUUGCAGUACAGCGCCUUGAAGAUACAUCUCCGUACUCACAUGGGACUAACACCAUUCAAGUGCCUCUUGUGCGACUACUCAAGUGCUGAUAAGAGCACCUUGGUCAGGCAUAUGAGGACCCACAGUGGUGAACGACCCUACUCCUGCAAAAUAUGUGAUUUUCCUUUCACCACUAAGGCAAACUGCGAGCGUCACAUCAAGAAGCGGCACGGCAAAGAAUCCAAGUUGGAUAUAGAAAUGAGCAUCAUCCACAACUCCGCCGGCAGUACAGUAGGUGAGGCCUCCACCAGUAAGUUCCGAGCACCAGACACCUUUUGCAAGCUGUGCAACCGCGAAUUCAGGUUCUUCCGAGAUCUGCAGAAUCACCUGAAGGUCCACCAGCGAACACCCAGCAAACCUUUCUUUUGCCUCAAAUGCCAAACAGGCUUCAGCUCUAAGAAUAACUGUGCGCGCCAUAUCAUUAAAUGCCACCCGGACAUCACCAAAGAGGACGUCGAUAAUUACAUGAUGGUCAAACAGCCUGAAGUGAUGGACAUAACCCAGACAAUGGCCAAUUCCUUUGCCAGCAACGGAGAACAGCUGUCGCCUAUUGAUUUCAGCAAGAAGUCCUCAAUGAUGUUGUCUGAUUGUGACCUGAGUGACCAAUCUUGGCUUAGUGCCUAUACCUUGCCCAAUCUGAUAGACCUGGAUGCUCCAAUCGAUCUGAGUCUGCCCAAAGAUAAGACUUCCUUUCUGCCACCAGUAGACAGUAGCCUUGGCCGACUGCGAUUUAAAAGAGUUUACCACAAGUUUUACAGCAAAACCUUAGAUGCCUUGGUGUGUCCUCAUUGUAGUCAGGCCUUCAAACGCGGCUCUGUCUUCAAGGAGCACAUCAGGGCCCACACCACAGAGCGCCCCCAUCGCUGCUACUACUGCAAGGCUGCAUUUACCAUGAAGGAUAGUCUAGACAAGCACAUUGAGCGUCGUCAUGGUGAUGAGGCCAAAAGUGAAUCUCCAGCUCAGUCCUUUAUUCCCAAAAUUGCCACUCCAAUGCAGUUUAAACUUAUGUCACGUUCCAGCCAAGGCCUGAGGGUUCGAAUCUCCCUGGACGACAGUGACAUCAGUGAUGACCCAGCUGACCAGCCAGCUAUGGAUGAGCAGACAUCACAACUCCAAUCCCCCGACAGUAGCUUUGGUUCAGAUGCAAGCGGAGAACUGGCGAGUGUUUCCAAAAUUCUUGCUGCCAGCAGUAAUAACUUCCAAGUUUGCUUUCCCCAAACAGCAGGACAGGCAAAGCAAGGGGAAGAGUCCGAAAGUGAGGUAUAUGCCAAAGAUGACAAGCUGUCUAUCAAAGACGAGUUCCCUGAACCAGAGAAUCCUACUGAUGCUGCUGAUACAGAAGAAUGGCAGUCAGAAAUGCAAGAUAUUGACUUGGCGGAGGAGUAUGACUUGAUCAUUGAUGAGUCUCUGGCAUCCUCCUCUGAGGUAGCUGGUGGACAAGAACCAAGCAAGACAAAGGAACGGGCCCCAGAGCGAGAUAGAUCCAAUCUUCCUUCCAAGGAGAUGUGUCCAUACUGCAAUCGUAAGUUUCCAUGGAUCAGCUCCUUGCGUCGUCACAUCCUGACACACACGGGCCUCAAGCCAUUCCAAUGUCCUCAGUGUAACAGCAGCUUCUCUACAAAGUCCAACUGUGAGCGCCACAUUGUGCGACGGCACUGUCUCAAUGUCAGUCCUGGAUCCAAAGUUCCAGAAAACCCUUUCAGUUGUCUAGAGGGAUGUGUAGAUACCGCCUACUCCACAAAACUCAAACUAAUGAAGCAUUACGAGAUCAAACAUAUUGGUGUACCUUUCCCUGAAUGCUACAAGAAUGAGGUGAAGAAGCUGCCAGCUUCCAUCAUCAGAAGUGCACUUGCCAAACGAGCAAACAAGCUCAGCUUAUCCCGUUCUUUUGGGAGCUCUGAAUUCAAGACCAAAGUUGGUAUGACAGGCACCUCCCUGAAACUUAGUGGUCACAAGCAAUUUCUGAAGAGGAGGCACUCUUCGAUUGAUGACAAGCCACUUGCCCUUGUCAAGAAGAAUUCUACCUCUGUCUGUGAUGGCAGUAAUGGUAAAUCUCAACUCCAUGUCAAGAAAAAUCAUGUAUCCCUCAAGGGGAAACCAUUCCCUAUUAUUUUCAAGAAAAAGAAGAAAAAGCACCCUUCGUCAGUGGUUAAUGGUCGUGACUCAGCUGAAGAUGAGGAAUCCAGUAGCAAAGCUGCUGUCGACCUCUUGGCAGUUGAUGAAAUUGACCGUGUCACUGAAGAUCCAGAAGACAUUAGUGUUGAGACAAUCAAACAGCCUACCAUCAGAAGCAAGUCCAAGCGUAAGCAUGCACGCCAUUGUUGUAGCCAGUGCUGCAAACGAUUCAAGAGCGCCACCACUCUGAAGCGUCAUUACCGUGUCCACACCUUGGAGCACCCAUUCAGAUGCGCCGAAUGUUCUGCCAGUUUUACCACCAAGUUCAACUGUCAGCGCCACAUGCUUAAACUUCACGGCAAGAGCAAAGAGGAGACAGUGACUCUCAUUGAGAAGCAACGAGCUGAGACAACUUCCAGUGUUCCAUCCCAGACUCAGAAAGUGGCCAAGGAGAACCAGGAAGCUGCUGCAGAUACCUGUUCACAGUCGCAUCGUCUCAGCACUCCGCAUACUAAAUCUGUUCCAAAUGUCAGUUCCUCUGAUGCAAGUUCUGCAGUCACAAGAGCAGAAAGGAAGACUGUUGGAGAGAAUGUAGUAGAAAUGGAAGAUGAAUUUGAGAAGAAUGGAGAUGACGAGAAUGUGGAUGAACUAGGAGGAGAAGAUUUAGACCUGGAUGGUGACGACUUCACAGAAGGCCAAGACGUGGACUUAGAUGACAGCAUUUUAAACUCUGACCCAGAGGAGAGCAAUAGUGGCAUUGCGGAUGCGGUACUUGAAGCAACGUGGGAUCAGGAUUCUGGUAUUGCACCCUCAGAUGACCUCUACCCUGCCGCUGAUCAACGAGACUGCUCCAUAAUCAGCCCCACUGGCCGUGGGCGAGAUGUCUUUGUGUCAGGACAAACUGACAACUCAGACAUGAUUCAGAAUCUGUUAGGGAUACAAGAUUCCUCAGUUCUGGAUCAGAUGUUGGAUUCUGCAGAUUCUGCUGCUAAGCUUCUGGGUGUGAAAUAAACUCAGAUCUACCCAACAAAACAGUAGUUUAAAUAUGUCACAUUUGCUGGCUUUCGAUAAACAAAUACAAACUUGUUGCUCCAACAAAAAUGGGGCUAGAUAGGACUUGACAUAUUACUACCAAACAUGCUGAAAUUUAUGUUUCUUGUGGGAAACAUGCAAACAAAACAUCUUCCAUCAUUUUCAAAUCCAAAUCUUCUUGUCAAACUGCAUAUCUUCAGAAUAUGUGUUCUUGAACACAGUCUUUUGCCAAGAAUGAAUUGCAAAUUAAACAACUUGUCUGGAGGUGAUGCAGAUACAUGCACAGGCAUAGAGUUAUCAGAAAUUAUGCAAAAAAUGAUUUCAGAAAAUAUCUAUUCAUGUUAAAAAUGUAGAUACUUGUAUUAAUGCUCAUUGGUGCCUUGUUAAUUUCAUUCUUCCUGAACAAACAGUAAUCCACUUGUAUCAAUGUGAUAAUACAUUUUCUUCCGACAUUUGAAGUGAUCAGAUUUUAUUGAUCAAACUUACUAUUUUUUGGGUGGUGCAUCUUUGCAUGCUAUUUGUGCAUACCAAUAAGUGGUGCUAUUUUUCUUGUAUAUAGUGUAGUCUAGCUUACCAAAUUGAAGUUUACAUGUACAUGUAUAUGAUAACUAUAAGUAGCAUAUCUGUCGUGGGAUGAAUCCAUCUUUCUUGAAUGGUUUUUACAAGUCUUCCAGUCCUAACCUAACAACUUGACAUUCCUCUUUGGUCUCUCUGUUUGUCUUCAUAUUUGUAGGCCCUUAUUGGUGGUGAUGCAAAGCAUAUUUUGUUGAAAGAUACUCAGGUGAUUACUGUAGCACUUGGCCACACUCAGGUGCUAUUCUCUCAGUUAUAAAUCUGCAUGUAUGCUUUGAGGGUGUGCACAUUGAAAUGAAAAUAAGGGCGUCCAUAAUUAAUUCUAUAGUUCUCAUUUCCGACUGACCCUUAUUAGUGGCACAGACCAAGGAAAAACAAACACUUUUUUAUACUGCAGACCCUGUCUGGUGUCCAACUGAGGAAAAAAUUUUUUACAUGCCACAAAUCCUGCAUGGAAUUUCCUACUGAGGAAAAAAAAGAUAAUCUUAAGAAUUUCCUGGGGACAAGCAAGUGAUCUUUUGUUUUUUUUUGGUAUCCUUUUAUUUUCCACAACCAACCGACCCUUCCUCAAGGUAAAAAAAUCUGUGGACCACAGAGUUAAAGAGCAAUUCAUAAAUAUGGAAGCAUCCAAAUCGAACGCUGUGUCAUUUGUCUUCAGAGCUCAACCAUAACAAGCUAAAAAGGG